CGAAUUACCCAACGAGCACCCGAUAAAGAGAAGAGCUCUAAGACAUUUCAGAACCGACGCGUGCAUAGCCUGUUACCCUUACCAAGAAGGAUCUAAUUACGAAUUCGAGCAGUAUUAUCGACAAUUAAAAGUCUUUGGCCCUAAAGUUUCCCAAGCUACAGCAGAAGCGUUCGAAAAUCACGAACGGAGCCAACAUCGUUAUCGCUCAGCUCAGAUUCUCUUACUUACCACUGCAUUCAUCCGACCACCGAAAAACGUAGCCGAAUUACUAAAGGCUCUAGCAUCAACAGGGGAAGCUCCAGUUCCAUACAAUCCAGACCAUCAUCCAGAAUUAACGUAUCACGAACUUAUUGCUCUUAAGAACGAAGCGGAUAAGUAUAUAAAAGAAAAGUUUGACGAAUACCAAAAGAAAAACAAUAGUAAAGGCAAACGAUCAGCUCAAGCCUCUGGUAGUAAAACUACAUUUUUUAGUUCUACUAGUCACACCGACCAAGAUUUCUAUACUAUAGAAAACCUCGAAGAGGAAGGUUCCCAAGACUCAGAAAACACAGUCAAACAAGUAAAGAACCCAUUACCAACCCCUGAAGAAGGAACUGAGGCUGACGACCAAGAAGAGGUUGAGUUAGAUAACGAACAGGAACAAGACGAAGAAGACGAACAAAUAUUAGUAGUUCAAGACGAACAAGAACAGGAAGUUGAACUAGAACCAGAACCAGAAGAAAACCCUGUUAUUCAAGCCCAACCAGUACCACAAGUCCAACCAGAACCGAACUUACAACCAAAUCCAAAUCCCGCACCACCAUCGUGGCUAGCUCAAUUAGAAGGAGCUAUGGCAUUGCAUCCUACCAUAUGGGACCUUUUCAAAGCUGACUUCUUCAACAAUGAAACUAAGGAAGAAGCUUUAACUAUUGCUGAAAGAUGGAUUCAGAAACCAGGAGAAUCCAUUGAUAUGUACAUUGCAGUGUUAAGGAAAAUUUGGCAAGAAUGCAACCCUAACGAAAUGACUGACUACCAUAAGCUCAAGAAUUUCCUUAGUGGGUUAACUCCAGCCAUUAGGAUGUCAGUUAAGCAGACCAUGCCUGCUGACCUGAAUGCAGCAAUUACCACAGCUAAGGCGCACUAUAGAGCCAUGAAGGAAGAAAUGCAGCCAGAACCAUCAAUGGCAACCAAUGAAGUUAAUGAGGCACUGACAGCAGAAAAUAAAGAGCUGAAGGAAAGGCUCCAGAGGUUGGAAAAGAAAGAACAAAAUCAACAAAACCAAUGGAGGAGACCAGAGCGUGAUCCUAUAUCACAUCAUGAAAAGGAAGUCAAGAUAAAGUUUGCAGUUAGUGCAGUAAAUAUAAAGACUAUUACUACUAAUGACCCUGGUAUAUUAAUAUUAAUUCUGGUUACUGGGGAUCGUGAUUAUAAACUCUUGGUAGAAAUGGCCCUGGAAAAUAAUUGGAUAGUUCAGACUUGGUUUUGGACUACAGGAAUUUCUGGUAAACUUAGGAUGAAGACACAUUUUUAUUCACUUGAUAACUGUUAUCAAUCCUUUGCAUAUGGCCAAGGGCCUGACCCCACUGGGGAAAUGAAAGUUCUUGAAGUUACUGAUGAGAAUAUAAUCAAGUGCCAGGAAGACGAGAAUUUGAUAGAAAUGGUUUAA